AUGUCGUCCACAACGAAAGUCUCCAGAAUCGGAGAAGAACUCUGGAAAACGAAGGUUGAUAAAGUCAACGCGGAGCUGGUGACGUUGACUUAUGGUACAAUUGUCGCGCAAUUAUGCCAGGACUACGAUGGGAAUUAUCACGAAGUGAACAAGCAGCUGGAGAAAAUGGGUUAUAACAUCGGGAUGCGGCUUAUCGAGGACUUUUUGGCAAAGUCGAACGUUGGGCGAUGUGCCAACUUCCGCGAAACGGCAGACAUGAUUGCGAAGGUUGGGUUCAAAAUAUUCUUAAACAUCACACCGACGGUCACGAAUUGGACGAGCGACAACAAUCAAUUUUCCCUCAUUUUCGAGGAGAACCCAUUAGCGGACUUCGUUGAGUUGCCGGAUGACGGGCGAGCACAAGAUGAGCUUUGGUUUUCAAAUAUCUUGUGUGGUGUUCUCCGAGGUGCGCUGGAAAUGGUGCAAAUGCAGAUUGAAGCACACUUCGUUAGCGACGUUUUGCGUGGAGACGACACGACAGAAAUGCGAGUAUCACUUGUGAGGUACAUCGAGGAUGAGAUGCCGCCGGAAGAAGAUUGA